CAACCUCUUGGUUCUCUCAAUCGUGGUAAACACAAAAGGAAUUCAGUGUAACUGUAACAACCGCAACAAAAACAAUGGCUGAUGAUCCACAGGGUGAUCAGGCAGAACGCGAGCGCAUUUUUAAGCGCUUUGAUGCCAAUGGUGAUGGCAAAAUCUGUGCAGAGGAGCUUGGAAAUGCCCUGAAAGAAUUCGGCAACGUGACGGACGAUGAGGUGCAACUUAUGAUGACUGAGAUCGAUACUGACGGGGAUGGAUUCAUUUCAUUCCAAGAGUUCAUAGCAUUUGCCAUUGAUAAUUCUGGUUUAAUAAAAGAUGUUGCUAAAAUAUUUGGUUAAUUCCUGGCCUUAUCUUUCUCUUGUUCGGAUCAUAUAUAUUUUCACGUCUUCUCCAUACUUUUGGGUGUCAUUUAUUUGCAGAGCUGAACUGAUCAUAAGGGAUUGAUUCGUUUGGAAUGUUUUUGUUUUUGUUUUUUGUUUUUUUGGAUGAUGAUUUGAAACUGUUACUCCUUUGUUUUU